UCUCCACCGACUCUCGUGCGUGCGAGCGCGCUGAUGGGUGUGAGAAUUGAAGUAGCCUGGUUUUGAUAACGUCAUGGAAAUACUUUUCUAAGAACACCUGUAGAGAGAUUGUGCGCUGAGGAACAAUUCUGAGGAGGACAAUAUCCAUAUAAAUUCAACGUUUUAUUUGAAAAAAAUGACCGAAUGAUUCUCUGUACCUUCAUGGAUGACGAGAACAUUCGUGAAAACGCUCACCAACACGGAUGGUAGUGUUCUGCAAUUUGGAUAUAUGUUUCUGGACUUUUAUAAUACCAAGACCGUGCGCUCUUCUUCGAGUCUUUUCUUACAUGCGCUAGAGGAGCUGAAAGGAAGUGGGGAAGGACAGUACAAUGAGGGGGAAAUACUUUCUGCUGGGUUACUUGUUGGUCAAAGUUAUGGCGCUGGUCUGCAAGGCGGACGGAGAACCAGGACAAGUGGAGGGCUUUGUCAUGAUGACGACGUGCAAUGGAUCCAGGGAGGACGAGGGCGCAGGCUUCUCGGAGCCCCCGCACACGGAGGACAGGUGCCGGGGGUACUACGAUGUGAUGGGCCAGUGGGACCCGCCGUUCGUUUGUAAAACGGGGGAUUAUCUGUACUGCUGCGGCACCUGUGGCUUUCGGUUCUGCUGCUCCUACAAGACCUCGCGGUUGGAUCAGAGCACCUGUAAAAACUACGACACUCCGGUGUGGAUGAUGACAGGUCAAACCCCGUUUAAGAAAAACGACCUUCGGCACGACCCCACCAAAGAUAAAACUAAUUUAAUCGUGUAUAUCAUCUGUGGAGUAGUGGCUAUCAUGGCACUUGUUGGGAUAUUCACCAAACUCGGUCUGGAAAAGGCGCACCGACCCCAGAGAGAGAAUAUGACUAGGGCUGUCCAGAGCGUGUUACAGGUCGGUUGUCCAGGUGAACAGUUCCAGGGGGAGGACACCCUUGGCAUGCACACACAGCACUAUGACACAAGGGCCAACAACCUCCAGGGAGGUCAGAUUAACAACAACAUGGAUCCAGGUCCCACCAUGGGCCAGCCACACCCCUACCCUGUUCUGAGCCAGGAACGACCUGGGAAGGAACUCAACAAGUACGCCUCGCUCAAGCUCGUAGCAGCCAAGGCCAACUGUGACUUCUACAACAAACCGCGUCUGAUGAUGGAGCUGCCGUCCAAAGGCGGCCUCCCCCUCCAACACAUGAACCCUAUGCAACCUAUGAACCCCAUGACCAACAACCCUAUGCCCCACAAUCCAAUGAACAACCCGAUGUCCCACAACAACCCCAUGUCCCAUAACAACCCCAUGGCCCACCACAACCCCAUGCCCCACAACAACCCCAUGCCCCACAACAACCCCAUGUCCCACAUCAAGCCUAUGUCCCACAACAAACCCAUGUCCCUCAACAAACCCAUGUCCCACAUCAAGCCCAUGUCCCACAUCAAGCCCAUGUCCCACAACAACCCCAUGUCCCACAACAACCCCAUGGCCCACAACAACCCCAUGGCCCACAACAACCCCAUGGCCCACAACAACCCCAUGGCCCACAACAACCCCAUGGCCCACAACAACCCCAUGGCCCACAACAACCCCAUGGCCCACAACAACCCCAUGCCCCACAACAACCCAAUGCCCCACAACAACCCCUUUAGUCCCAUCAGCCCACUGGGCUCCCUGGGUCCCAAGCCGGUGGCCACCUACAUCACAGAGAUGCCCAGCAGCUUGCCCAUCCUAUCCAGCACCUACCAGGGCUCCACCAUGCCGACUGCGCCCAAGCAGAACGGACAGAAGUCCCAAAGACUCAGCAACAGUGGCGACAGGGUCAGUAAUAAAGGUCCAGGAGCCUUGACCAUGUCCAGCAUGACUAGAACAGGGACUUUCCCGGGGCCUCACCACCACACCGGGACGGUUCCUGGUCCUCACCACCAACAACACCACCAACAUCAACAGCAACAACACCACUCGCUGGCCUACAGCUCCAACACCAUCGCAGCCCCUAGGGGGAUGGGGGGAGGGAUGGGGCCGAAGGGCUGGGACGGUACUGAGACUGUGGGUAGGAGGAAGGGUUACAGCUACAAGAGGCCCCAGUGCACGGUGGAGCAGAUCAACGAGCUGCACAGUCAGUCCCGCUCCCAGAGCCACAGUCAGCACUUCCUGCCCACUCAGCCUUACUUUGUGACCAACAGUAAGACUGAGGUGACUGUGUGAGAGAGUGAGAGAGGGGGACGAUAGUUCCCCAAAGUGGAGUCACCUAAUAGGCAGAGCAGGAAAGGACAGAGAUGGUGGUGUGUAAGGCCCUGGUUGUGGUGUGUCCUCCUAGUGGGGGCCAGAACAGUGCAUCCUGGUGGUGUGGCAGUGUGCUUGCAUUUGUCGUCCAGUAUGAGUGGAUCACUGCACAUGUGACUGUCAGUCAAUCGUACACAGACCCUCAGCCAGGGAAGGGGGGCGGAAUGGUAUAACCAUGACAACGUCCAACAGAAGUAUCAAAUUAAUUGUGUGUGUUAUAUCUCCUCUGUAAUGGUAACAUUAUCAACCAAUGACAGUGAAACGUGAAUACAGCAAAAGGAAACAUGAGAUUGCCAUGGAUUGCAUUACCAAAUCUGACAAGCAAUAUGAGAUCUAUGGACACCACAAUGGCUGGGGCUAAAACAUUGAGCAGGGAAACAACAAACUGUGGGGAAAGGAAAAUACAUUCAUUAAGGAGGCUCUCUCCUACAAAGCCAUUUAAUUGGUCGCAGUUUUAGGGCUAUGGGUUAUGGGCUAUAGCUACGAACAUUAUGGGCUUUCUUCCGCGCUUGCAACCUUCAAACCUUCAACACAUUCUGGAGGUUAUUGUCCUGUAUAUUUGAAGAACAGUACUUGAUCACAGCUGGCCCGAAGGCAAGGAGGCUGAAGCAUCAUCUGGAGGAUAGUACUGUACUCAUCGGUCCUAAUGCUGUUCACACAGAGAAUCACAGAGAGUCUGUGAUCCAAUAUUUAAAGAUGUGACUACAGACCAUGGCCAGUUGUAGUGAUACCGCCAUCUUUUUUACAUUUCCAUUUUUCUUUCUUUCUUUCUUUCUUUCUUUCUUUCUUUCUUUCUUUCUUUCUUUCUUUCUUUCUUUCUUUCUUUCUUUCUUUCUUUCUUUCUUUCUUUCCUUCCAUCCCUCUGAGAAAAGACAACCUUCAGGUAAAGAAAAUGUAAAGAGAGAGCUAAAUGUGGUUCUGAAUAGUUUCUGUUCUACAGUGUAUGGCGUGGCUCCGAUAAGAACUAUGAAACCCUACUGAGAGAUAUUCCCCCUGAAAGUGUCAUCCCUCAUGUGUAUCAUUGCUACAGAAUAUUGUGAUUAAUACAAUGUGCCAAAAACAAUUGAUUUCUGUUUGUAUUUUUGUAUGACUGUGUCCUCUUGAACUUUGGCGACCACUU